GUGUCUUGACCUGGAAUAAAAUAAGGCCUGUUGAACUUGAUGGAACAGCUCCCGGGAUUGCCGUACAAUUCUGUACAAAACAACAAAGAGUCUCUUGGGGCACCCUUUAGAGACUAACAGGUUCAGUGCAGGGUGUUGUGGAUCAUCAUGCAUGCAUCUGAUGAAGUGGACCGUAGUCCGUGAAAGUGGGAUGAGUCUGCUGGAGAACCUUUUGAGGGUCUGUAAAGCUUCCUGGUGAAGAUAUUUAGGACUGCAGCCUUAGACGUCCUAACUCUGUAGAGGAGCAUAGAGUUCAUGAUAUAGAAUGUGUGCUUCACGGGAACUGAAACUGAAGCGGCUUCCCAGUUGCCAUCUUGUUAAAGGAAUUGAGUAUGGCUCAGAAGAUAUUGACAUUCUUCCUAAUGGCCUGGCUUUCAUUAGCUCUGGUUUAAAAUAUCCUGGGUUAAAAAGCUUUGCACCAGAUAAACGAGGGGAAAUACUGCUGAUGGAUCUAAAUGAAAAAAACUCUCAACCAACAGAACUAAGAAUCAGCCGUGGGUUUGAUUUGGCAGCCUUUAACCCGCAUGGGAUCAGCACAUUCAUUGGUGAUGACGAUGCUGUAUACCUCUUUGUGGUAAACCAUCCCCAUUCCAAGACAACGGUGGAGCUAUUUAAGUUUGUGGAGGAGGAGAAUUAUCUUGUGCACCUGAAAACCAUCAGACAUGAGCUGCUGGCAAGUGUGAACGAUAUUGUGGCAUUGAGUCCUGACAGUUUUUAUGCCACCAACGACCAUUAUUUCACAGAGUUAAUCUUGAUGUUACUGGAGAUGUUCCUAGGCUUGACUUGGACAAACGUUGUUUACUACAGCCCAAAAGAAGUCAAAGAAGUGGCCAAAGGAUUUUAUUCUGCCAAUGGAAUCAACAUGUCACCUGAUGGGAAGUAUGUUUAUGUUGUGGAUUUGUUGGACCAUAAUAUUCAUGUAUUUGAAAAUCAUGCCAAUUUCACUUUAACUCCUUUGAAGGUGCUGCAGUUGGACACUUUAGUUGAUAACAUAUCAAUUGAUCCUUACACUGGAGACCUUUGGCUAGGAUGUCACAUCGAUGGUUUUAAACUGUUUAUGUAUGAUCCAGAAAAUCUUCCUGGCUCAGAGGUCCUUCGCAUCCAGGACAUUCUUUCUGAGAAGCCUACAGUCACCCAAGUGCAUGUUGAUGAUGGAUCGAUAAUUCAAGGAAGUUCAGUGGCUGCACUAUAUGGCAAGAAGCUGCUUAUUGGCACUGUGUUUCACAGAGCUCUGUACUGUGACCUGUAACCUGCUCUUCGUGAACUUUGCCACAACAGAAAAGAUUGAUUUGCUUUCGGUAGGAAGCCCAGAUGAUGAGUUCUGAAAUGGCAAACUCUGACCUCUGUGGCAGUCAAGGUUAACCAGAGUGAUCCUGGCUCCCAGAAGGAGCUAACGUAGGAAUAUCUCUCAUGAUUUUCUAAAGGAAAAACAGUUAUGCUGGAGGGCGAACGUUGGAUUUUGGAUGCCUUUGGAAAGCUGAGAAGCAGAGGAUAAAGGCAUACCUCCUCUUCAACCCUUGCUCCCACAAUAACUCUGUAGCUAUGGUUCCACUGCUUUGGUAGGUGAAAAUUCAGAUCCAAAACAGGUGUGAUGUAGGAAAUUCCAACUAGAUCUCCCAAUGUGUGUGUGAUUUUACUUUAAAGCUGCUACAAGGUUGGAUUCCAGCUUUGUUUGAAGCAGCAGCAGCACUUGAAGGCAGCACUAUUAUUGUUACAAAAUGGAGGGUUAACUGGGUGGUCAUUGUUUUGUAUGUUAAAAUCACUGCCUGAUGGCUUGAAGGAGGUCCCUUCAUAACUUCUACCACCACCAAAAGCAUCUACCAUUGGGAAUCCUGAAGCUGUCCCCUCUCUCCUGCUUUGUGGCAGAGAUUCAUGGGAAGGUGUAAGAUUGUCUGAUCCCUCUUUCCCUGCUUUCCUAGAGAUAUGUGUCAAAUCAGUGUGGGACAGAGACUUUUAGACUGGAAUAGAGGUGAUCAGGCAGGAGUUGCAGCAUCUUAGGAUGAAAAUGUCACUCUAUGGGAAACUGAUACAAACUGCUCCUGCCUUCUGACCUGCUAUCUCUCCAGAUCAUCCAAUGCUCAGCUUUUUAUAUCUGUGUAAUAAUAAACCAAAUGCUACAGGGA